UGUGUGUGUGAUAGAGAGAGAGAGAGUGUGUGUGUGUGUGUGUGUGUGUGUGUGUGUGUGUGUGUGUGUGUGUGUGAGAGAGAGAGAGAGAGAGAGAGAGAGAGAGUGUGUGUGUGUGUGUGUGUGUGUGUGUGUGUGUGAGAGAGAGAGAGAGAGAGAGAGAGAGAGAGAGAGAGAGUGUGUGUCUGUGAGAGAGAGAGAGAGAGAGAGAGAGAGAGAUAAAGAUAAACACUGACAGCUGAAGGGUUUCGUUUCACACCAGGGAACCUGCCGAGCCUUUAAUAGCACGUGCGAUAUAAAGUAGCGCGACUUGCAGUUUAAACGCCUUCUCUAUCCCGAGGGAAACAGCAGAACAUCUUUUCACUGCCACUUCAGAAACCGUCAUUUUAACUUCCAGCCCUGAUGUCGAGUUCGAGCUGAAUUGAGUGCGUGGAGUUUUGAUUUGUUCUCGUUACCCCGUUAUGGAGAAUCAGCGCCUGGUUCACCACAGCAGAUUGGUGCUGCUUCUAUUAGUGUAACUGGUCUUCAUGCAUUACUUGUGGACUCCGUGUAGCAGUCCUACUGUGAUUGAUGAGUCGUCCAAUGUAGUACUGAGGUACCGUACACCCUACUUUAGAGCUGCUGCCCGGGUGCAGGUGCCACCAGUUGUCCAUAAAGAAAUUUGGACUGUGGGCUGGAUCCAGGCCUGCAACCAAAUGGAUUUCUUCAAUUACUAUGGAGAAGAAGGAAUAUCAAGUUGGGAGCUCCCUGAGCUGAGAGAUGGACACAUCCAGGCCAUCAGUGAUUCAGAUGGAGUGAACUACCCAUGGUAUGGCUGUACCACUGAGAUAUACACUAUAGUAGGACCUAACAAAAAGAGCACCACCCUCACUGUGAGCAUGAACGACAAUUUUUGCCCCAGUGUGACAUGGAGCAUCCCCACAGGCACCCGCAGUGUCCCCCCACUUUUGAGCUCCAUCCACAGGGACCAGCGCUUCACCACCUGGCUGGUGGCCAUGAAUGAGGCCAGAGCUGAGAUUGUACUGCUCAGGACCAUCCGCUGGAGGAUGCAGCUUGCUAUUGAGGUAGAUCCUAAGAAGCCUCUGGGACAAAGAGCUCGCAUCAUGGAUCAUCUUGCUCAGGAACAGCCAGAGAUCUUGACUAUGAAUGAACCCAUCCCACAUAAUGCCUUGGUCAAACCCAAUGCCAAUGAUGCUCAGGUGCUAAUUUGGAGACCUAAAAGAGGGAAAUCAGUUCUGGUCAUACCCCCUAAGUGUAAGGAGUGGAGUGACUGGAGUAAGUAAGUGAAGUGAAAAAACAAACACUUGACUGUUUAAGACUUAAUUGAUUUACUUCUGCCUUCUAAUUAAAUGUACUUUAAGAAGUACAACAUAAGAAGUACAUUUUUUAUUUAUUGAUUUGUUGAUCUUUUAUUGGAUGUUAGGAAUUCAGGUGUGGCCUCAGAUGAACAGCACUCUCCAUUAAUGUUUUACCAUUUGUUGAAUUAUUUCAAGUAAUGUUCUGAAUUUUGUAUGCAUGCAGUUCUGUAAGCAGGAAUUAGUAGUCACAUCUACUUUAUGCUACAUUUGAAUGGAGAGUUUUAAUCAGAUGCAUCAGUGAGAGUUUUAAUCAGAUGCAUUAGAAAUGAUGCUGACUUAGACUUUAAUUCAUAGUAGUAUGGUACAAUGUUGUAAUUAGGAGCUGAUCUGAAAAGCAUUGUGUAGUUGUGGGCAACUCACAGAUCAUAUUCAGGUUAGUGCUUAAUGGCAUAUCAACAAUUUUCACAUCAUGUGAAGAUAUGCAUGUGAUUUAUUGACAAAUAUAAAAAUUUUGUGGGAAAAACUUCUUAGUGACUGAUGUUUCUAUUCUCAUAAAGCAUUCUAUACAUUUUGGUUGUACACAUCAACAUCUAUAGAAAAAGUCCUUGAUAAGAUGGCACCAAUUCGUAAAAACUUUUCACCAACUUUCAUGUUCUUUCCAUAAUUUACUUCUCUAAAACAUUUGAUCAUAUGCAUCAUGUCCUAUGUAAGAUUAAUGUUCACAAGAAUCGCUCUGUAGUUAUAGUUGUAGCAUAGGAGCCCUGUCUCAGUGGGGACUGUAUGCCCUGAUUCCAAACUGAUCAUAGCAGCCACAAUUUUUACUCAUCUGCACUGAUGUGAGAAACCUUUUUUGCCUUUUCCUUUUUUAUUCUACUGUAUGUGUUACAGUAUGUUUUUGUUUAGUAUGAACAGGGGGAACACUAUUAAGAAUAUAGAAAUCAUAUCACAUUAUUAUAUCACAAAUUAUACAUCAUACUUUUUAAGAAGACAGCUAAAAUAUAUAUAAGGACAACAAAG